GGGGGGCGGGGCGCGCGGGCCCGGCCAAGGCAAGCGCCGGUGGGGCGGCGGCGCCAGAGCUGCUGGAGCGCUCGGGGUCCCCGGGCGGCGGCGGCGGCGCAGAGGAGGAGGCAGGCGGCGGCCCCGGUGGCUCUCCCCCGGACGGUGCGCGGCCCGGCCCGUCUCGCGAACUCGCGGUGGUCGCGCGGCCCCGCGCUGCUCCGACCGCGGGCCCCUCCGCCGCCGCCAUGGCUCGGCCGCUAGUGCCCAGCUCGCAGAAGGCGCUGCUGCUGGAGCUCAAGGGGCUGCAGGAAGAGCCGGUCGAGGGAUUCCGCGUGACACUGGUGGACGAGGGCGAUCUAUACAACUGGGAGGUGGCCAUCUUCGGGCCCCCCAACACCUACUACGAGGGGGGCUACUUCAAGGCGCGCCUCAAGUUCCCCAUCGACUACCCAUACUCUCCACCGGCCUUUCGGUUCCUGACCAAGAUGUGGCACCCUAACAUCUAUGAGACGGGGGACGUGUGUAUCUCCAUCCUCCACCCGCCGGUGGACGACCCCCAGAGCGGGGAGCUGCCCUCAGAGAGGUGGAACCCCACGCAGAACGUCAGGACCAUUCUCCUGAGUGUGAUCUCCCUCCUGAAUGAGCCCAACACCUUCUCGCCCGCCAACGUGGACGCCUCCGUGAUGUACAGGAAGUGGAAAGAGAGCAAGGGGAAGGAUCGGGAGUACACAGACAUCAUCCGGACCCAGGAGCAUCCAGGACACCUUCCGUCCUGCACUCGCUGGUACCUGCUGUCAUGGGGUCAUCUCGGGGCAGCAUCCCGGUGCUGGGCGGUCUCGGCUCUGAGCAGCCAUGGUGGGCGGGCCCCGUGCGGCCUCCUGGGAAGUGGCCUGCAAGCACCUGCUGGCCUCUGGAGGUCACAGGGUAGCUGCCCUGGCCGUCCCUCUGUGCAGAUGUCCUCGGUGGCUCUGGUCCGGUCGUGUCACCUGGCCCAGGUGGCUGGCUCCUUGGCCCAGUUCUUCCCGGCCACCUCCCUGAGGCACCACCCCCUUGAGAUCCCAUCACAGAAAUAAAAGCCACACUAUUUUUAUCCCUCAAAACUCCCUGCGGGCCAAUUCACAUGUGCCAUGUGGACUCUGCUGUGGUCGCCGUUUCUGCCUGUUUUUUCAUCUGUGUGCGUGUUGGCCUCGUGGCAGCCCAAGUCCCGCUGAGCUGUGUCGGGCAGGCUGCCGUGGAGCCCGGCUUGGUCAGGGAUGUUGGUCUUGCUGAAGAGCACCGCCAGACGGUCCUCCAGCUCAUGCUGGCGGUGUGCCGGCGGCACCUCCACGGCGCAGGUCAGUUCCCACCCUGGCCUUCCCCUGCGUCUCCCCAUGGCCGCCACCUCUGCAGUGCCGUCCCCGGGGCACCGUCACCCCCCCAGCCCGUCCACCCUGGCCCUCCCCUGCGUCUCCCCACUGCUGCCACCUGGGCAGUGCCGUCCCCGGGGCACUGUCAGUUACCCCCCCAGCCCGUCGGAGAGCUUGGGAAGCAAAGCUUGGCAUCCACUGGGUCCCGCCACCCAGGGACGUCCCUGAGGCCAGACGCCUGCCCUCCACGCGUCAUGCAUCCCCAUAAAAAGCACUGGGCUUGUGGGCUGGGCUUGGGGCUGUCUGUCCGCUCCCUGGUGCCCUCCCAUGCAGGCACUGUGGGACCCGCACACCCUGGUAGCAGCCAGCCCCAGAGCCCAGAGCCGUGCCUGGUCGGUGAUAGGGGCUCGAGCCCAUUGCCUGCGGCUGCAGCCUCGUUCCUGUUUUCCGUCAAAUGGGGUCAGCGUGCCGCCCGGCCCUGCUGUGCCACCCCCGGAAGCCCCUUUGCUUCCAGUCCUGGGGGGACAUUCUUGACGCGUGUCCUGGAGGUGGAGCCGGUGGCAGGUUCCUCGUAGGUCCUGGUGUGCGCAGUGCAGCCCCUCAUAGGGCCGGGUGUACACGGUGCCCUCCAGGAAGUUUGAGCUAACUUGUCCUCCCUUCCUGCCAGAGGCUGGGAUGGCCAGGCCCCCAGGUUUAGAAUCCAGAGGCCGGGGUGGCCAGGCCCCCCCAGGUUUAGAAUCCGGAGGCCGGGGUGGCCAGGCCCCCCAGGUUUAGAAUCCGGAGGCCGGGGUGGCCAGGCCCCCAGGUUUAGAAUCCAGAGGCCGGGGUGGCCAGGCCCCCCGGGUUUAGAAUCCUGCUGAGGCCGGGGUGGCCAGGCCCCCGGAUUUAGAAUCCUGGUGAGGCCGGGAUGGCCAGGCCCCCCAGGUUUAGAAUGCAGAGGCCGGGGUGGCCAGGCCCCCGGGUUUAGAAUCCUGCUGAGGCCGGGGUGGCCAGGCCCCCGGGUUUAGAAUCCUGCUGAGGCCGGGGUGGCCAGGCCCCCAGGUUUAGAAUCCUGCUGAGGCCACGGAGAGGCUCAGGCCGUUUUUGCGUUUCCCAUCUCACCUGUGCUGGUUCCCGUCUCCAGGGAUGGUCCUGCCUCCUGUCCUUGGGCCCUCCCAGCUGCUUCCUUUGCUCCUGCGCUGAGGAAGGCUUUUGCCCCCGAGUAGGGCAGCAUGGGCCCUCCCUGUUGCCGGCAUCGUUAUUUUCUCCCAGCUCCUGAUGGGUCCCUGUGGGGUGUGCUUCGGGGCGGGGCAGGUGGGUGUGACUGCACUGCGCCCGUCCAGCCUCCCACCCGCACCUCCUGCCCUUCCCGAGCCCCCUCCUCUGUCAUUUCUCACCCUGGAGUUCCUCAC